AUGAACGUCGAUGAUGUCGAGGAUCGCGAUGGCGUCCGCCUCUCCUGGAACGUCUGGCCUUCGUCCAAAAUCGAGGCGACCAGGACCGUAGUCCCCAUCAGCGCUCUCUACACCCCUCUCAAGGAGCGCGAGGACCUUCCUCCUGUCCUCUACGAACCCGUCACUUGCAAGCCUCCUUGCCGUGCCGUUCUCAACCCGUAUUGCCAGAUCGACGUUCGCGGCAAGCUUUGGAUCUGCCCCUUCUGUCUUUCGCGCAAUGCUUUCCCACCUCACUACAAGGACAUCAGCAGCACCAACCUGCCCGCCGAGCUCCUUCCCAAGUACACCACCAUCGAGUACACCCUCAGCCGACCUGCACAGAUUCCGCCCAUCUUCCUCUACGUCGUCGACACCUGCAUGGACGAUGACGACCUCAAGGCUCUGCGCGAAUCGCUCGUCGUCAGCUUGAGCUUGCUGCCUCCCAAUGCUCUCGUUGGUCUCAUCACCUACGGUACCAUGGCUCAGGUUCACGAGCUCGGCUACGAUGCAUGCCCUAAAUCGUACGUCUUCAGGGGCACCAAGGAAUACGCGCCCAAGGCGAUCCAGGACAUGCUCGGCCUCAACCCCGGCGCUCGUCCCAUGGGCCCUGGCGCACCUGGUGCUCCCGGCGGACCCUCGCAGGCUCCUCGUCCACCCAACGCGCCCGCACAGAUGGGCGCAUCGCGCUUCCUCUUGCCCGUCUCGCAGUGCGAGUUCCAGCUCACCCAGAUCCUCGAGCAGCUGCAAAAGGAUCCUUGGCCUGUCGCCAACGACAAGCGAAGCCAGCGUUGCACUGGUGUCGCUCUUAGCGUAGCCGUCGGCAUGCUCGAGACCACCUUCCCCAACACCGGUGCUCGCGUUAUGCUCUUCUGCGGUGGUCCCGCGACGGAAGGACCCGGUAUGGUCGUCUCCACCGAGCUGCGUGAGCGUAUUCGAUCGCACCACGACAUCGACAAGGACAACGCCAAGUACUACAAGCGCGCCAUCAAAUUCUACGAGGCAAUGGCCAAGCGUGCGGCAGGCAACGGUCACACCAUCGACGUGUUUGCCGGCUGUCUCGACCAGGUGGGUCUGCUCGAGAUGAAGAGUCUCGCCAAUCUCACCAACGGUCACAUCAUCCUCGCCGAUAGCUUCCAGAUGGGAAUCUUCAAGCAAAGUUUCAACCGCAUCUUCGUCAAGGACGACCAGGGCCACCUGCAGAUGGGCUUCAACGCUACUCUCGACGUCCAGUGCACCAAGGAGCUCAAGGUCUCGGGUCUCAUCGGCCACGCCGUCUCUGCCAACAAGAAGUCUGGCUGCGUCGGCGAGACCGAGAUUGGUAUCGGCCAGACCUCGGCAUGGAAGCUGUGCUCGCUGACACCACGCACCUCGGCUGGUAUCUACUUCGAGGUGGUCACACCAGCAGGACAGCCUAUGCAGCCUGGCUCGCGAGGUCUCAUUCAAUUUGUCACCCACUACCAGCAUGCCUCCGGCCAGUACCGACUUCGUGUUACCACCAUCGCACGGAACUUUGCCGAGGGCGGAUCCGGUCAGAUCGCCGCCUCGUUCGACCAGGAGGCAGCUGCUGUGCUCAUGGCUAGGAUUGCCGUCUUCAAGGCUGAGAUCGACGAUAGCCCCGACGUUCUGCGCUGGCUCGACCGCAUGCUCAUCCGACUUUGCCAGAAGUUUGCCGAUUACCGCAAGGACGACCCCACCUCGUUCCGACUGGGCGAGAACUUCAGCAUCUACCCGCAGUUCAUGUUCCACCUUCGUCGAUCGCAGUUCCUGCAGGUGUUCAACAACUCACCCGACGAGACGGCCUUCUACCGUCACGUUCUCAACACGGAGGAUGUCAACAAUUCGCUGAUUAUGAUUCAGCCGACUCUCAUGUCGUAUGGCUUCGAAGGACCACCGCAACCGGUGCUGCUCGACUCGGUGUCGAUCCGACCGGACGUGGUGCUGUUGCUGGACACGUUCUUCCACAUUCUCAUAUUCCACGGCGAGACGGUGGCGCAAUGGAGAAAAGCGGGCUAUCAGGAUCAAGAAGGAUACGAAAACUUCAAGGAGGUGCUCGAAAACCCCAAGGCGGACGCGCAGGAUCUGCUGGCGGACCGCUUCCCCAUCCCGCGAUACAUUGUGUGCGACCAGAACGGCUCGCAGGCGCGUUUCCUGCUGUCCAAGCUCAACCCGUCGACGACGCACAUGAGCGGCGGCAUGUAUGGCUCGUCCGGUGGAAGCGGCGCUGCGAUCUUUACGGACGACGUGUCGUUGCAGGUGUUCAUGGAGCACUUGAAGCGGUUGGCCGUGGGCGCUUCGUCCAACUAG